CUGAAGAUGGUAAAAUCGACUCAAAAUACCCACUUCAAGAAACUCCUACUCCGAGGUACGAACAAAGAACAGAGUGGAACGUUCGGGAUGCAGAGGCCACUUUAAUAAUUCUCCCGGCACCAAAUUUUGUUACCGAGUUAGAUGGAACAGCCUUUACAGUUGAAAUGGCUAAAAAAUAUGAAAAACCUUGGCAAAAAAUCUGCCUUGACCAAUUUCCCAUGGAUAAUAUUGAACAAAUACUCGUUUGGAUUGAAAAGAAUAAGAUAAAACAUUUAAAUGUAGCUGGCCCGCGAGAAAGUAAUUCUCCAGGAAUUCAAAAGUCAACAUACAAACUUGUAUAUUCUUUAUUAGAAAAGAUGGCAAACAUUCAAUUAAUUAAAGCCAUAUUAUAA